GGAGGAGGUGCAGACAGCUGAACAAGAGGCUGCACUCAUGCAGGAGUUGGCUGCCACGUAGUUGGCAUUCCUGCCAUGUAUUUAUUUUAAGCACUGCAUUUUUUUUUAGGGAAAGGUUCAGUUGUUUUUUUUUGUAAAUUUUUCAAAUAAGUUAUAGCAAUCAACAAUGAUUAUUUUUUCUAUUUGUUCGAUAUUGCCCUCACUGUUUGUGUUGUUUGUCACUGGGGCGAAACUGCCUGAGCCAGAAGUUAAAAUUGAAGUUUUACAUAAACCCUUCAUGUGUUUACGAAAGUCAAAGUAUGGAGACAUGCUUCUUGUUCAUCACGAGGGAUACUUGGAGAGUAAUGGCACCCUGUUUUAUUCCAGCCGCAAAGAGGGGGAUCACAAUCCAGUCUGGUUCACUCUUGGAUUGCGAGAGGUGCUCAAGGGUUGGGAUAAGGGUCUGCAGAACAUGUGCACAGGAGAGCGCAGGAAGCUGACCGUCCCUCCAUCUCUGGCAUAUGGCAAGGAAGGAAAAGGCAAGAUCGCUCCGGGCAGUACCCUCAUUUUUGACAUUGAGCUCAUGGAGAUCCGAAAUGGUCCCAGGUCACAUGAUUCGUUCAAGGAGAUGGAUCUCAAUGAUGACUGGAAGCUCUGUAGAGAGGAGGUGAGAGAGUACCUGAAGAAAGAAUUUGAGAAGCACGGAUACUCCCAUAAUGACACAGAUCAUGAGUCGAUGGUAGAGGACAUCUUCAAAAAUGAGGAUGAAGACAAAGAUGGUUUUAUAUCUGUGAGGGAAUUCACCUACCAACACGAUGAACUCUAAAGGACUGAUGUCAUUUACUUUUAUCAACAAGUGUUUGUUUCAUGAAUCUCCUCCAAAGCAGUGACAUGAAUUUGCUAUUUUUUUUACACUGCAGUUGAACAGUAUUGUGUUACUUUUGGUUGAACAUUUUAUGGAAAAUGAGAUCCACAAUUCAUUUAUAUCUCCAUUCCGCACUGAUGAUGUCACCACAGAUGAAUUUACGCAACAGUAUUGGACAUCUUCAUUGAUUUCAUGAAAUAAAUGUUUUUGAAUUAAA